CUCUGGAGGAGAAGGGCUGCGUGGUGCACAGUGAUUGACAGGGCGUCCCGAGUGCCUCUGAUCGGCGGUGUUUCCCUGGUGUCGGCUGGAGGGCAUCUUUGCUCUUUGUCGAUUGCCGAGAGACUGAACCCGUGUGGAUCAGUUUCUCGGCGUUUGACAAAACUCCCAUAUAACCCGCCGUGUGGUUGAAGAUGGAGGAAGUGGCUGCUGGAUUAGCAGAGCUUCACAUCCAGCGGGUCGCCACGGUGCGACACUAGGGAGAGAGAGUGGUGAUGGAUCUGCUCCGCCGGGCACACCACUGAGCACCGCACUUUGACUAUGGAAACAGAGCCUUCGGAUGGCCCUAUUACUACUGGUGAUGGUACUGAUGACUCCGCUCCCAAGAUGGAGCAAAAGGUGGUGGGUUCCACCACAAGUACACCGAAUGGCCAAUACACCUCACUGAGUCACGUGACAAGCACAAACCCCAUCAAGAUAGAGAUGCACAGUGAUGAAGAUGACGGAAGAGUACAUAACCAGGAAGUGGGGAUCAGAAGAAAAGAAAUAAGCGCUAUGGAGGAAUCUGCAGUCGAAAGCAAUGGAAUAACUGAAACCAACCAGGGGCAGGACAUACAAGCUGAUGGAGGGAUACGACUUCCGAAUGGUAAACUGAAGUGUGACAUCUGUGGGAUGGUUUGCAUUGGGCCCAAUGUUCUAAUGGUACAUAAACGGAGCCACACUGGUGAACGUCCCUUCCACUGUAACCAAUGUGGUGCUUCAUUUACCCAAAAAGGAAACCUCCUGAGGCAUGUCAAGCUGCAUACAGGCGAGAAGCCCUUUAAAUGCCCUUUCUGCAGUUAUGCCUGCAGACGACGAGAUGCACUGACAGGUCACCUCAGGACACAUUCUGUGGGCAAGCCUCACAAGUGCAACUAUUGCGGUAGAAGCUACAAACAGCGUAGUUCCCUGGAGGAGCACAAAGAGCGCUGUCACAACUAUCUGCACAACACGGGCAUGGAGGCCGCACAACCCAUGAAUCACCAGGAUGAGUACAAGGAGCAGGAACCAAUGGUAGACAACAAUCGUCUGAUAUCUUUUGAGAGACCUGCUGUCAUAGAACGACUGGUUAGCAAUGUGGGAAAACGCAAAAGCUCUACUCCUCAAAAAUUUAUUGGUGAAAAGCUCAUGCGUUUGUCUAAUCCAGAACUUGGUUUCAACAUGCGCUUGAAUUACGAGAAGGAGCCUGAUUUCAUGCAUUCACACAUGAUGGAUCAAGCCAUCAACAAUGCAAUUACAUAUCUUGGCGCUGAAUCUCUGAGACCGCUGAUACAGCAUCAGCCCAGCACAAUGACAGAAGCAGUCCCAAUUAUGAAUUCAGUCUACUCUCAGGUCUACCAUCCGAGCAGGCUUGAAAGGCCAAACAGCAGGGAAGUACCAGAAAGCCAUGAAAAUGCAAUGGAUGGCCCCAUCUCUCUUAUAAGAUCAAAGAAUCAGCCAACAGAGAGUGGCGUUUCUCCUAGCAAUAGCUGUUUAGAUUCGACUGACACAGAAAGUAGCCAUGAUGAUCAAAGUGGUCGUCCAUACUCUAGUAUUCCAGCCUUAACUCCUCAAAACAAGCAAAGUCCGGCCUACAUGAAGGAGGAACCCAAGGCUCUGGAAGCACAAAAGGUUUUAUCUGGUACCUCUAAAGAGGUAUACAGGGUCUUCAGUGGACAGGGUGAGCAGAUUAGGGCUUUCAACUGUGAGCACUGCCGGGUGCUGUUUCUAGACCAUGUCAUGUACACCAUUCAUAUGGGUUGUCAUGGUUUCAGAGACCCAUUCGAGUGCAACAUCUGUGGCUACAGAAGCCAGGAUCGCUAUGAAUUCUCAUCACACAUUGUUCGUGGAGAACACACAUUCCACUAGGCCUUGAGCUCUAGGACAGUAAUGAAGAACUGCAUUUAGACUCCCACAUUGACAUAACUGAAAGGCAGAGGUGGCCUGGUGACAGAAGUUUUGCCUUGAUUUUGCAAUCCAUGGACCAAGAAAUACUGUAGUGAGUAUUAUUCCACUCAUUUGCAGUAAUGUGGCUUUUCACUCAUAUAUGACAUUGCGGGAAUAAAAAUCAGCCCUUACUUAGUUUAUGAAAAUGAGCUGUCAGUCAUGUCAUCUUCAGAAUGUUGUAUCAUUCAAUUCGGUCCUUGUGUAGGUGUAAGUGUGACAAGUUGAUUAAAAUAACUCAUAUAUAGAAUUACAGUGAGGAAGAAAAGAAUGAUGUUAGGUCAACAGUGAACCAUGUCGUAAACAAAGUACUGUAUUUCCUUGACUUAUCCAGACUGAGUUGGAGUUCCAGCCUCUGAUGGGCAACAGCUCUUCAAAACUGAUGAUCUGUUCCAUUUCAAAACUCAACUCAACCGACAUGAGAUGCCCAUUAGGAUCAGAAGGCUCACCAGCAAAGAACAACACUGGCUGGUUAAUUUUUUUAUGUCGUGAGGUUGACAGAAAUAAUACUAGAGGCUUUAACUCAUAUAAAAUUGGGGGAGGUGAAUAGUGAACUACUAGGAAAAAGGCAAUCACUAAUUAGAUAUGAGGUUUAGAACAUUUAAUCGCAGCUGCAGUAUUAAUCUAGUGACUGGUGUCCCUUUUUUUAGGUUAUCACAGUUUUAACCAGUCAAGAUUUCUUUGCUUUCUCACAAAUGUCAUUUAAUGUGUUAGUAUUUAAAAAAAGCAGAUAUGAGUGAUACAACACAGCACCAGUCAGAUGACACUCCUGGCAGCCUUUUACAUGGCACGAGUAAAAAUUUACCUCUCACACAGACAGAUAGCUUGUUGAAGGGGAACAAGAUUAGGACUCAAACUAUGCACUUACUGGAAAUUUUCAUUGAGUACUUGGAGACUAUUGUUAAUUUCUGAACAUAUAGCAACAAGGGAAGGAUGUAUUAAAACUCUGAAACUGUGAUCAUUUGACUGAUUACGACGCACUGUCAGUUCUUAACCAGACUCACUUCCUGUUUCAUGUAGCAUUUUCUAAUCUGGAACAAAUGUUCCUGUCCUAAAUCCAUGGCUUUUUGUUAUCGCUAGAGCAUUAGGUAUAAGCUGUUUACAUAUUUUUGUACUAAAGUGUAGUUUUAUACAAGAAAAUGCUUGAAAAAUAAAAGGUACAUCAGCUUUGUAGUGCAUUUGCUACUGGAAUCGGGUAACUGGAACCUCUUCCUUGGUUUGUUUAAUGGUGGCAACAUAUGCUAUUUUGUGUGCAAAACUCUGGAUGUACAUUUUCCUUUUAACAUACCUUUGUAAGAAAUCUGAAACUAUAAACUUUUAUGCAAUUAUUUAGAAAGUUUCAGCAUUGACAACUGCUAUGUUUAUAAAUAUUUUUAAAUGCUUUAAUUAACUUUUUUAUGAAAACUACUUUAUUGUUCCAAAUGUCAGGUGUUGGCAGCAGCCAUUUGUAGCCUAGGUUUAAUUCUAAUGGCUUUUUCUCUCAAAUUCUUGUCACUCAGUGGUAUAAGCAUCAUUUGAGUCUAUAAAAGACUCUUUGAACUUGAACUGGUUGUUCUAUACAGGUAAAUGCAGUUUUCAAGUGCAAUACUCUCUUUUUUCUUGGACUGUAUAAUGUAUUUUCUCAUUUAGUAAUGGUUUGUGUAAAGCGUUGUGAAAUACAUUAACUGAUUCUUAAAACUGUUGGAAACCUCUGUUACUGUGACUUAAAUAACAAGUCUUUAUAAAAAAAAGUUGCAGAAUCUUUGUUGAUUUUUUUAGGGAAAAUACUGUAAGGUUUGUACUGUCUGAGUGCACAGCUACUGAAAUAAAUUUAGGGAAAC